UAGGUUGUGAAACGCUUGCUUAACAGGGUGUUAACGGGUUGAUUAAAUUCUGUUUAUCUUUAUAUCGAAACAUUUAGAUAUAUACAUAUAUUAAAAAGAGACAAUUUGAUGCACAAUUUCACACCCUACCAAUUGUUAAACUUAUGCGCUAUUGAUACUUUGCGUUAUUUAUAAAAGGUAUUUGCGAUUUAUUGUGAUUGAGUUUUCCCUCAGUCCGCUCCUUGACAAACAACUCAACCUUAGUAGAAGGCGAGUCAAUACAAAAUGAAACUGUUUAGCUGGUCUAGACAUCCUUUUUUGAGGCCAUCGUGGAAAAAUGUUAAGAAGGGUCAUUCAAUAAAUGCAUUCGCGGUCAUGUUAAGUCUGAAAAACUUAUUGCAAGGUCAUUCAUUAUGCUAGCGGCGUUCAACAACUAACAUUUUCGCUGACAGUUCGUCAAUUCGACAGUUUUCAGUUUGCAUGUGGCAUUUUAUGGCGGUGUUUUUUUUAAAUAUGGUUUAGAUCAGGUUAAAUGUUCAGGGGAAAACGAGUUACGUGUGUGAAGAUUGCCGUUUACUAACAAAUUGAAGCGAAGUGUAUGUUGUAGUAAUCAUGGGUAUAUCGCCUAGUACCGCAUAUUUCAAGUAGCACCCAAAAGUUUUAACUAUCUAUAUCUAUAGUUUCAGCUAAUUAGUGAGAGAACUUUGUUGUGUUUGAAACUCAUCCGAAAUUAGGGAAACAUAUAAGCAGAAAAAUUUCUAAAACAAUUCAAAUAUUUUCUAUAUCGAUUAAAAAAUAAAUAGUCACUUCACUAAAAAAAUGCAUAAAACUUUUUCUAUGAUUUGUAAACUGUAAAUUGUUUUUUCUACUCCCGUCCGUAAAAUACCUAAUUACCCACCGAUCUCGAGUGCGGGAAGCGUCACUUUAGCACAGCAGUUUCGUUUCCCACAAAUCCGAGCCACUUCGGACAUUUCCGGGAUUUUACCGCACGGGUUUAGGAGCAAUCGGAUGAUUUCGGAGAUAUCUCCCACGCUUUGAAUUUUGACGUUUGUCAAUUCUGACAGUUACGUCAGUGAAUGUAUUGGUGUUUUGCGAAAUGUACCCAAAAACUAACGGUCGUAGAAAAAGUAUAAUAUGCAACACGUUCGGUAAACUUUUUAACUCAUUCGUUUAUUAAAAACUCGCUCCGCUCAUGUCAAAUAAACUGGUGAGGAAAAUGUCGUUUACCGCACUUGUUGCAUGUUAUUAGUAACUAUUUCUUCGCGAGGACUAUACAGGGAGUAUCGUGAAGUCCAAAUGUAAGUUAAAUUAAAAACGGGGUGGUUUUUGGUAAAUUGUGUCUUUGCUCAUGCAUUAUUUUUUUAAAUUCUUUUUGCAAAUCUUUAUAUCAUCAUAAAAUAUUAAAAUACAUUAGUUACAGUGCGCAAAACUCUAAAAAUGUUGAAGAUAAUUUUUUUUAAUAUACUUUCGUGAUUUUCCACUCUAUCAGCAAUUGCCAACGUUAUCCUAGAUCCUUGAUGACGCAGGAUAAUUUAACGCGUGACUUGAACAUUAUCCUUUCACUUAAAUCAUUUCUAUUUAUAGACAAUUCUCCUAAAUAAUUCCGUGCUACAUGCACAAGGAUAACGCCAGGCAAACUUGUUAUCUGCUUGCAGUGACUAGACGUUUUUGUGACCGUUAUCAUUCAUUACCUAUAUCGCUAAAUUACAUCAAAAAUAAUUCCUUGCAGAGCUGUGGGUUUUAUAGACUUUUUAUUUAAGCAUUAUAAAAAGACCCGCAACAGUGAAAUAUAUGUAUUUUUCUACUCCCUUCUGUAAAAUACCUAAUUAUACACCGAUUCAGCGUGCGGGAAGCGUCACUUUACCACGUGCCCCACGGAUCCUAAAAUUUUCAAAAACACAAGAAAAAAGCGAAAAUGUUGAUUAUUUACUUUAAUUAAUUAUUUAAAUUGAGGUUUCACUUGAAUGGAGUAAUAUUUUUGCAACUUAAGUAACACAAGGUCUAUGGAACUGUACCGAAGGACCUAUUAAGAAAACUUGCGGACUCUAAACCUCGAACAAGACCAUGCAGUACUUCGACUGCAUGACGUCUUCUUUCUAGGAAAGCUGUCCUUUUAACGUUGUGAAACAAGAAACAGACACCAAGGUAGAAUGGUGAACUGAAAGCGUUACGCGAAGUUGAAUCGCGCUAUGCGUUCUAACCAACCGAGCUCUACAAAGAAUCCCAAAAAAAAUGUAAUAAUUAUAAACGUGCUGGAGAAAAGUCUGUGGUGACAUGGAAAGUCUUCCAGUCUGUAGUCUGUAGAACGAUUUUUGGGAAAAGUAGGGCUGAGCUGCCAGUUGAUCGGUUUAACUGUAGGAGCCGGUACUCUGGAGAACCCGCUCUACCAAAUUACCCAUUCGUCGCUAGCAUUGGAUACAUACCACCAUCGUGAAGGUGGAAUGACUUCUUUUUAUUCCAAAGGCUGGACUUGCGUCCCAUGAGUAGCUGAUGAACUUAUGUCCUAGAGACACAGUAUCGAAGCAGCUUCAGGGCGAUGGUGAUCGGCUCUUUGAAAACCACGAUAAAAUCACGACUCGACCGAUUACACCUUAGGGUGGAGCUUGUGGCCCGGAGAGCCGCCAUUAUAUUGCUAAUUCUGGGAAACUGGAAGUCGGUAACAGGGGGCGCCGACUCUGUGGCAGGUCCUAAUUCAGUCCCUCUCUAUGAAGACGGACUGGAUUGAGCGUCCGUACACCAUACAUAGCGAGGAUCCCUACAAAACGACGACUGGCUCUGUGCGGGAGAAAAUAUUUUUGUGCCUCAUGGGCUAUCUUGUAUACAGGCGGUUUCAAAACAGACACUGGUUUAUAUGGAGCUCUUCUAGAGCAAAGAUAUCUGUGCCUCUGGGGAUUUAUCUUAGUAUAUUCUAGGCAGAGAUCUAUGCGAUUUUGUUGUGCCCUCACGCGAACCUCAACAGCGGCUGUCCAUGCUCUUACUUCUUGCCCUUACCUAUGUGGGGCUCGGAAAUGCUAUUUGACUGCCAAAAAACAUUGACAAGACUGGCGGCAUGUAAUUCUGUCAAUCUGACCUGGAUACCGCUCAUGUGGAUAUUCAGAGCAACAAAAUGGCAGACAGACUUAAAAGAUUAAAAAACUCCAAUUCGUCUCCUGCAGCUGCGCAUCACUCAGCCGAUUAGAGUACUAAGAAUCCAGAGUACUAGGAAGCUAUCCAAACUAGAAAUGAAAGGACUGUACUUCCUCGAAAGUACAGGGCUUAUGUAUGGGAGUGAGCGAAGAUGCGCCGGCAUAAUGGAUGGAAAAGUCUGGAUCGAAUAGGAAUGGGAACAUAAGGACAUUUAUAAUAAUUGUCACCCUGUACAGGUGGCCAAAUAUUGAACUUGGAGAAAUCGCUCAAAUCCACAAAAACGUACACAUUCUGGAAUUAGAUGUCCAGAAUGUAGACAAAUUUUCCCACUUUUCCAAAGAAGUGGAACGGAUUGUCGGAGACAAUGGGUUGAACGUUCUCUUCAACAAUGCUGGCUAUUCACCGAAAUCAACCAGAAUAAAUUUCGUCAAAGCUGAUCAAUUGACACUGACGUUCGCGGUUAACGUCGCAGCUCCGAUUUUGUUAACAAAGGUUAUGCUCCCGCUUUUGAAGAAAGCCUCCGCUUCAAAAUCUAGUAGUCCAUUAGGGAGCGAAAGAGCGGCAAUUGUCAACAUGUCAUCUGUUUUGGGGUCGAUUACUUUGAAUAAGGACGGAGGACUUUAUGCUUAUCGUUGUUCCAAAGCAGCUCUCAAUAUGGCCACAAAAAGCAUGAGUAUCGAUUUGAAGAACGACGGAAUCUUGGUGACAGCUAUCCAUCCUGGAUGGGUGAAAACGGAUAUGGGGGGAAGCAACGCACCCUUAACAGUAGACGAAAGCAUUACUGGUAUCCUAAAGGUUCUUCGAGGGUUGUCAGAAGAACAUAAUGGACGUUUAGUACAAUGGGAUGGACAGUAUUUGGCGUGGUAGUGUCUUGAAGAAAUUUCACUAAAAGUGAUUAAGCUACAUAUGUAUAUUUUUUUAUGACUUUAAAUAUAA